AUGGAGUUUUCGACAGUUGACCUUAGCUGGCUACCCAAUGAUGCCGAUGAACAACUCGCUUUGGGAUUCCGAGUGGUUUCCAAUGCUUAUAAAACUAGAGUUUCGGGGUUAGAGAGUGAACUCAGAUCAAUGAGAACCCUAGUUUCGGAAAAGACUGAACAUGUUGCAGUGUUACAGAAAAAAUACAGUACUUUGGAGGAUCAACUUGUCCAAUUGAACCAAAGAGCCAACCAGUUGACAGAGGAGAACAAAAACUUGGUUAACACUGUUAAGAAGCUACAAAGGGACUUAGAUCGCUUAGAAAAUUUGAAAAAAAUGGUUCUUUCUUCAUUCAAGGAUGAUCUUAACGAAUCUGAUACAAAUAAUCGUUUUUAUGGUUUAGACGAAAUGGUGAAUAGUGUGGUGCCGAGAACGGGUCUCGGUAUGCGCAACGAUUACGCAACGCUCCAAGAAUAUAACACAAACGCUGCUGGAGAUGGAUUUUUAAAGAACCACGCCUACAGCAGCACUCCAAAGCCUCUUCAAGAUACGCCACUGCCCACAGCCCAGAGGGAAUCCGUGGACGGUCGCCAAUUUUUUAAAAACGCCAAAAACAUUCUACACCCAGAUGAUUUUGCCAGCUUUUUGUCCACGAUUAAGAAAUUCAACGCCCAGCUACUGACCCGCGACGAGACUCUUGCCCAUGCGAAGCAGGUAUUCGGGGAAGAUUCCAGGGCUUUCGAAGACUUCAGACAGCUGAUAAUGCCUAGACACUAA